AAAGUGAGCUGUGCGCCCUCAUUUGAAGUUUUAGUCAAUCAACAGUCGCCUCCAAAUGUUCCAAGAGCUUCCAGCUGGCAUGUGAAAACUGAAUUCCUCCUUAGAUCUGCAUGGGAAUGUGCCUCCACCAGGAUAUUACAGAAGAGGGUAAAAAGGCGAAACUCCAGAGCUGUAAAAUAGAGCAAGACCUUUGUGAACAUGCCAGGACUGAGAUGAAUGUGGUGAAAAUCCUCAUGCUUGGAGCGGCAGAGAGUGGAAAGACCACUCUGAUCAAACAGAUUAAGAUAAUCCACAGUCACGGUUUCUCCAAACAAGAGCUCAUCAGUUUCAAGCCUGCAGUACUAGACAACCUGCUGACCUCCAUGAAGUUUGUGCUUCGAGGAAUGGGGAUGCUGAGGAUUAACCUCGCUAACAAGAAGAACAAGAUGCACGCCCGCUCCAUCUUGUCCUGCAGUCAGUGUUUGGCGGACGACCAGGAGCUGCUUCCUUUUGUGGCUCAUGCUUUCUGCGCACUGUGGGCUGACCAAGGGGUGCGAGAAGCUGCCGCCAGAGGUUACGAGUUUGAGCUGAAUGACUCUGCACUCUAUUUCUUUGAGAACAUGAAUCGAAUCAUCGCUCCCAAAUACGUUCCCACCGAGACCGACGUUCUGAGAGUGAGAGUGAGGACUUGUGGAAUCGUUGAGACGCAGUUUCAACUUAAUGAAAUGAUCUUUCGGUUGUAUGAUGUUGGGGGUCAGCGGAGUGAGAGGAGGAAGUGGCUCCGCUGCUUUGACUGCAUUCAGGCCGUGUUGUUUGUCGUGGCCCUCAGCAGCUACGAUAUGACACUGAUGGAGGAUCCUUCAGGGAAUCGUCUGACAGAAAGUCUUGAGCUUUUUGAAUCCAUCUGCUCCAACGCCGUCUUUAGCAGCUCCUCACUGAUUCUGCUUAUGAACAAAACUGACCUUUUCCGUGAGAAGAUCCUACACUCUGGAAGACACUUGAGAUUUUACCUUUCUAGUUAUGUAGGAGCAAAUUGUGACGUGGAGGCUGCAGCACACCACAUCACUGACAUGUUCUCAUCAUGUAACAACGGUCCCGACAAGCCCGUGUACCACCACUUCACCACUGCCACAGACACCACAAACAUACAGGUGGUCUUUCACAUGGUCAUAGAUCAGAUCAUCAAGGAGAACCUGGCAGCUGUCCAGAUGGUGUGAAAGUCUCCCGAAGACUAUUGAGAUUGUGUUUUUACUCAUUCAGCACUGGAAUAUUAUUUUUAUCAGUUAUUUUCAUGUUGUUGUUGUUUCCUUGUUUUUUUUCAAUAACUUAUUUAAGCAGCUAAUGGGAUUCUUCAAG